GGUCUUCAUCCUUCCUUCACCAUCUCCGCUCUCUCGCUCUCUCUCCUCUCCAGUCGUGGUUACUAUAGGUGAGGUGACCGUAUAAAUCCCUGAGUGUGCGCACAUCUCAUCCUCAGAGGAGAAUGGCAAAGCAGCAUCAGGAGGAGGAGGAGCAGGUGUAGGCACGAGAACAACAAGCCGUGUUUACUGUUCACGGGGAAACGCGCAGGCGAAGACGCGCACUUCCACGCAGCCCUCUCAGGCGCAGAAGCCUCACUUGGACGCAAGGAGAAGAAGGAGGAGGAGGGGAGGUGUGGAUGCUGAGUGCACAGAAAGGAAGAAUUAUUAUUAUUAAACGGUGGAUGUUUUUUAGACUGAAUCCCGAACCAAAGUGGAAUACGCUAUUGCCUUCACCGGGGAUGGAGUGAAGCUGUCGACACUGAGCUCCCUCUUCGCUACUUGUUUGGAUGACAGCAGUUCCUCAUGGCCCUCGUUCAUGAACCUCGUGCCCCAUCUCCUUCUCUCUCUGGCUUCAACUCACCGCUCUCUGACCCGCCAUCUUUUCGGCGGCUCGACGCAGAAACACCAUGCACGCCAGAAAUGGAUCUGACCCCAACUCAGUGCGUCCUUCGCAACGUCCUCUCCAUAGACACUGGAGGGGAUGUUGAGCCGAGGGACGGAGGAGGAGAGGGUCAGACUGCUGGACACAACCACACGCCAGGAGAAGAACAACAGGAGCACUUUGCCAACAGUAUCCUGAAGCUCCAUGAGCAUGAUGGAAGCUCUGGAAGGACCGAGGGAGAGGGGCAGGAGCCGGACAGCAGUACAGUCAGGAGCCAGGCGGAUGCUGCCAGGUUACAUUGCCAGUCUACCGGAGGAGGUGGAGGGUUUCUGGAGGGGUUGUUUGGCUGUCUGCGGCCCGUCUGGACAAUGAUUGGCAAAGCCUACUCCACAGAGCACAAGCAUGUCCUGGACGAGGCAUGGGAGGUCCCAUUCGAGGAAAUAUCGGACCUACAGUGGGUGGGCAGUGGAGCGCAAGGCGCCGUCUUCCUGGGUAAACUCCACGCACAGGAAGUGGCGGUAAAGAAAGUGAGAAAUAUCAAGGAGACCGACAUCAAGCACCUGCGCAAGCUCAAGCACCCCAACAUCAUCACGUUCAAAGGUAUUUGCACACAGGCUCCAUGUUACUGCAUCCUCAUGGAGUACUGUGCCCAGGGGCAGCUGUACGAGGUGCUGAGAGCGGGCAGGAAGAUCACACCAUCCCUUCUCAUGGACUGGGCCAUGGGCGUCGCUGGUGGCAUGAACUAUCUCCACCUACACAAGAUCAUCCACAGAGAUCUCAAGUCACCGAACAUAUUGAUCACCUACGAUGACUCAGUGAAGAUCUCUGACUUUGGCACGUCCAAAGAGCUCAGUGACAAGAGCACCAAGAUGUCCUUCGCUGGGACGGUGGCCUGGAUGGCUCCUGAGGUCAUUCGAAAUGAACCUGUCUCAGAGAAGGUGGAUAUUUGGUCGUUUGGCGUUGUGCUGUGGGAGAUGCUGACAGGAGAGGUGCCCUACAAGGAUGUGGACUCUUCCGCAAUCAUCUGGGGAGUGGGCAACAACAGUCUGCAGCUGCCUGUACCUGAUAGCUGUCCAGACAGCUUCAAGCUGCUCCUGAGGCAAUGCUGGAACUGCAAGCCAAGGAACAGGCCGUCAUUUCGACAGAUUCUCCUGCAUCUGGACAUCGCCUCAGCUGACAUGUUGUCCACUCCACAAGAAACCUACUUUCAGUCUCAGGCGGAGUGGAGGGAUGAGGUGCGGCACCACUUUGAGAAGAUUAAGUCUGAGGGGACGUGUCUUCACAGGUUGGACGAGGAGCUGAUCAAAAGACGCAGAGAAGAACUGAGACAUGCACUAGACAUCCGGGAGCACUAUGAGAGGAAACUGGAGAGAGCCAACAAUCUCUACAUGGAGCUAAACGCGAUCAUGCUGCAGCUGGAAAUCAAAGAGAAAGAACUGCUCAAGAGGGAGCAUUCACUGGACAAGAAGUACCCGGGCUGCUUCAAGCACCACAGUUCCAGACAGUCGGCCUCCUCCAACUCGAUGGAGAAACUCAUGAAGAAACGCAACGUACCUCAGAAACUGCCGUCACAUAGCAAGAGACCAGACUUACUGAAGUCAGAAGUCAUCCUUCCCAAACUGGACUCGUCCAUGACCCAGGUCACAAUACCCAACAAAGGUUCUACCUCCCCUGGACGCUCACGCAGAGGAAAACCCCGCUACAGAAAAGCUGGGAAAGGCAGCAGUGGGGAUUUGGCUCAGCUAAAAGCCACCCUGUCUUCAUCUUUAGCAAUGGUCAAUGUCACCUCAUCUGUUCCCAGCAGCAAGCAUCAUCUAGACCCCAGUGCAGCCAUCAGAGGCCUGCAGCAUGACCUGCUACUCAAAAAAAUGUCCUCCUCCAGCCCUGAUCUCAUUUCAACCACGCUGGAAGCCGAAGGGCGGAGGAAGGGACAGAUGAGGCCAGGGCUGGACAGAGCGGGCAGUCAGAGUGCCUCAGCUGGUCUGGGGGAAAGCAGAAGUACUGGAGGACCAGAGGAGCGGACGGGUCUGGAUGUAGUAAAUGAUGACUUGGCAGAAACGCCUCCACGCAGUGACACGCCCAGCGAAGACGCAGCUUCCAUCCCGUUCUCCAGCAGCCCGGACUCGCCGUGUGGCAGGGGAGCCGCCGCAGGGAGGGCGUCUGUGCUCGGCAGCCCCCGCGCUCCCCACGACAGUGAGGACAAGGAGGAAGGAACAGUGAUCACGCGCUCACCCAGAAGUCAACGUCUCACACCUGCAGCACUUCUCUACAGGGCAGCAGUUACACGCAGUCAGAGACGUGGUGUGUCCUCAGAGGAAGAAGAAGGCGAAGUGGACAGUGAAGUGGAGUUGCCAAGACGACGGCGUCCUGUGAGCAUGACCAAAUGCCAGUCCCUGUCCACGUUUAGCUCCGAGAACUUGUCCGUCUCGGACGGCGAGGAGGGAAACACCAGUGACCACUCCCAUAGCGGCACACCAGACGUGGUCAGCACCAACACAGACGAGCGUCUGGAUGACAAGAGCGAUGACCUACUCUCUCAGGGUUCAGAGAUUCCCGCCGACCCAUCUGACCCGACCCAGCUGGGCUCUGACGGGCUGUCUGAGAAAGAAGCUAUCCUACGACAAGUCAAGACCCAGCUGGCUUCAAAUGACCACAAUUAUGAGGGCCUAUAUGAUGAUUCAGACUGUGACAGUGCAGAGCUGGAUCAUUCAGGCUGUACGGAGCCCAACCAGCCUCCAACCAACUGGUGAAAACCCAACACCUCAGCCCACUCAGACACCCGCUGGCCUCUUUCACUAUCACAAGACGUUAGAAAACACGAGAGUCGUGAUCAGGGACAUUAGAGAGGGUCAGGGAGGGAAGGACUGUCUCCUUCAUUUUGAGCUGCAUCACAAAACAAAUACUUGGAAAAACGGUUUUGUGGGAUCAAAACUCCUGAUACCCUGGGAACUGAAUCACACUCUAUUUGAGAUAAACGCAUCAAGGGGAUUUGAAACUAAAUCGUGGCACCAGCCAAGCUGACGGAGCAGCUGCUUUCUCUGCUCCUUCCACCGCAAUUGGUCCAAGACCAGCUCUACAGAAACACAUCGAACAACACCUCAGUGACAGAGGCCUCGGUCAAAAGAGGCCGUCUACACAAACACGUUAUCCAUGUCUGUUGUAAUGUCCCACGUUAAUUUUUAUGUCUUUAUUUCUGUCAUAUCGAUUUAUGUUGAGAACACGUUCAUGAACUCCUACCAGGGCUCAUUCUCAUUUGAAAACUUCACCGUUACUUGACAUCCGACGAUGCUUCUUGCACUUAAUUUAUGAAAUUGUCCAAUGUCCUUGAGAUGAUUGUGUCAUAUUCUCUGAAAUCAUUAUGCACUAAUUUAUUAUUUAUUUACAGUGAAUUUAUUGACUCUUUUUUUUAAAUUCCCU